AGAUCUUUGCAGAUUCUCAGGCGCGUUAUGUGUUAUCUCUUCGUGCUCUCUCCUUUACAGCUAUUUACCCACCAUGACGAUCGAUGAAACUGCAUCUCUGCUUUCUGUUGAGACGAGCAGUAAUAAUGACGGGUGUAGAGCACUUUCUAACUACGGUACCAUUCCUCACACAGAGCAGGAUGAGGAUCAUAUCGCAACUUCCCAGAGGUCUUUGCUUGCUAUCGUUCUUCCAAUGGCACUCGGGAUAUUUCUGGUAGCAAUGGAUUCAACGAUCGUCGUGGCUUCAUACGCCUCUAUUGGCAAUGAACUGAAGCAGCUAUCGAAAGUCAGCUGGAUCGCCACUGGUUAUAUGCUCACUCUCACCAGCUUCCAACCUCUUUAUGGAAAACUCAGCGAUAUUUUUGGUCGUAAAAGCUGUCUGCUUCUGGCUUAUAUCAUAUUUGCUUUGGGUUCCUUACUCUGUGGACUUUCUCGAACCAUGGACCAGUUGAUUUGGGCACGAGCUUUGGCUGGAAUUGGGGGUGGUGGAAUGUCCACGGUGGUAAGCAUCAUUUUGUCCGAUAUUGUUCCCUUGCGCUCCAGAGGAGUUUGGCAAGGUGUUAUCAACAUUGUCUUUGCGUCAGGCUCAUCUGUAGGAGCACCCUUAGGAGGGUUUCUUGCUGAUACUAUCGGUUGGCGAUGGGCAUUCUUGAUUCAAUUUCCCGCAGUGAUAUUGGCGGUUAUAUCUGUCUCUCUUGCUCUGAACCUUCCAGCUAUUGAGAAAACAGACUUUAGAGCAAAGAUCAAGCGCGUCGAUUUCGCGGGCGCAGCUUCUCUUGUCACUUGCAUAUUUUUCCUCCUAUUCGGUCUAGACAACGGAGGGAAUGUAUCAUGGACCGAUAGAGCGACAGUGGGAUCCCUGCUCGCGUCCACCGUCUUGUUCAUUCUUUUUGGCGCUAUUGAAAUGGAAUGGGCAAAGGAGCCUUUCGCCCCCAAACGAAUUGUCCUCAACAGAUCGUUGAUCGCAAGCUACCUUGUCAAUUUCUUCAGUAUCGCCUCCAAUCUCUCUAUGCUCUUUCACGUUUCCUUGUAUCUUCAGGCUGUAGAGGGGUUGUCUCCCUCACGAGUCGGAUUUUGGCUCGUACCUGGAAUAAUCGGCGGUGUCACCGGAAGUCUUGGGUCUGGGUUGAUAAUGAAGGCAACAGGAAAGUAUUACUGGUUAACUGUGUUGGAGUAUAUUCUUUUGGUUGGCGGGUCCAUCACAACAGUGCUAAGUGCCGGAGUCGCGAUACAUUCUGCCAUCGUUAUCUCAAUUGGGCUUGUUGUUUCUGGCCUCGGGAAUGGUGGAGGAAUAACAACUAGCCUAAUCUCUUUAAUAUCGAAUGCCGGUCAGAAAGAUCAGGCGAUAGCCACUGCUGUUUCUUACCUUUUUCGCUCCUUGGGAUCUGUGGUGGGGCUUUCCGUUGGUAGCACCAUUCUUCAAGACGUUCUUCGCUCAAUCCUGCAGCAACGGCUUACCGGACAAGAUAUCAACGAAAUCGUGAGACGUGUACGAGAGUCGCUUGACUAUCUCAAUGAGCUCGAUCAGAGCACGAGAACGAUCGUUCUUGGUGCGUACGAGGACGCAAUACAAAAAACAAUGUGGUUCAGCUUCUCUAUGGGUGUCUGUGCUUUUGUGGCCUCCUUAUUUAUUAACGAGGUGCCCUUGAACAGGCGGUGAUAUUAUUGAACUUCUUACGACGUAUUGAUAUCACGGAUUGUAUCGAAUAGCCCAAAAUUUACAUUUGCGAGUUAAGG